AUGGUGAAAUCGUUGGUGUCGAACAUUUCGUUCACCUCUUUUAGUGCAUCGAAAACAAAGGAUUAUGAGGACCUUAUUAGUUUUUAUCGAUCUUUUGGCUUCAGGGUGGUUCGUAUAUUCAACAAAGAUGCCAGUUCCACUGGUAUUGAGCUAAAUGGUAUUAGUUCCGAUUCACGGAAUGAGUGUUGGUUGGCUGCUUAUCCGGUGACUCGUUUAGACACCCGUGGCAACGUUAUUCCAUUCCAGGAAACUGCCGAGUACACUCAUCCGGAACUCGAAAGCGAUCUAGCCAGGUUUAACAAGGGCGUCAUGCUAAAAAUUCGACUUGUUUCACACGACGUUCACAAAAACAUCGAAAUGCCCGGUAGAAUGGUCAUUUUAACUCAGGAUCCGGCCUCUGUCAGGUCGGUGGCAGAGAAAAACGGCUACAAAACGAGUGAAUCGACCGAUGCCUGGGUCGACUUUUACGUGUCCGACCCUGUGGGAAAUUUGGUUGGUUUUACGGCGAAUGCUUUGCCAGGAAAUGACCAAGUCUCGCAUCAGUUGAAGCAGGAGGCCGAUUUCUUUGCUUCUGAUGCGUCUAUCAAGGCUGUAUAUACCCAGGAAGCCCACAAUGCUAUCGCAGAAGUCACUAGAAAGUCGUCAAAGAAGCGUCUAGCAGUGAUGACAUCAGGGGGAGAUUCUCCUGGUAUGUGUGCUGCCGUUAGAGCCGUUGUUCGUGCUGGACUCUUUUUUGACUGCGAGGUUUUUGGAUGCUAUGAGGGUUAUUCAGGUCUAGUUCAAGGAGGAGAUCUUCUUAAACCUAUGGCCUGGGAAGAUGUUAGAGGUUGGCUAUCCUUAGGUGGUACUCUUAUCGGUACAGCUCGUUGUUUAGAGUUUAAGGAGCGUGCUGGACGUCUUUUGGCAGCCAGAAAUAUGAUUCUCAGAGGAAUUGAUGCUCUUAUUGUCUGUGGAGGAGACGGUUCUUUGACUGGUGCAGAUUUGUUCCGGGCCGAAUGGCCUUCAUUGCUUGAAGAACUCAUUAAAACUGGCAAAUUGACCGAGGAACAAGCUAAUCCAUACAAGACACUUACUAUUGUCGGUAUGGUGGGCUCCAUUGAUAAUGAUAUGGCCAUGACUGACAAUACAAUCGGUGCAUAUUCAUCUCUUGAGCGUAUAUGCGAGAUGGUUGACUAUAUUGAUACCACGGCAGCUUCUCAUUCACGUGCCUUUGUUGUAGAAGUGAUGGGACGUCACUGUGGUUGGUUGGCCAUUAUGGCCGGUGUCUGUUGCGGAGCAGAUUAUGUAUUUGUUCCUGAGCAGCCUCCAUCAGCAUCUGGCUGGAAAGACGAGCUCAAAAAGGUUUGUCUUAGACAUAGAAAACGUGGUAGAAGAAAGACAACAGUGAUUGUGGCUGAAGGUGCCAUUGACGACAGCUUGCAGCCAAUUACAUCUGAGCAAGUUAAGGAUACUCUUGUUGAGCUUGGAUUGGAUACGCGAGUCACUACACUUGGUCAUGUUCAACGAGGAGGUUCGGCUGUUGCAUUCGAUCGUUUGUUGGCUACUAUGCAAGGUGUUGAAGCAGUCAAGGCUGUUCUUGAGAGCACUCCAAACACUCCUUCCCCUAUGAUUGGUAUCCAAGAGAACCAGAUUGUUCGGAUUCCACUUGUUGAGGCUGUUAGCCAGACAAAGGCUGUAGCCAAGUGUAUUGAGAAGAAGGACUUUGCCGGAGCCUUUAAUCUUCGUGAUGCAGCAUUCCAGGAGACUUGGCUCGAUUUUGCCUCGCUUUCUGCAGGCGAUGAUGCAUCUUAUUUACUUCCUGAAGACCAGAGAUUGAACAUAGCCAUCGUUCAUGUCGGGGCUCCUACGGCAGCCUUAAAUGCAGCCACUAGAGCAGCAGUUUUGUAUCUGUUAUCUCGUGGUCACACUCCAUACGGCGUGGAAAAUGGCUUUAGUGGCCUUAUUCGUCACGGGGCCAUGAGGAAACUAUCAUGGAUGGAUGUGGUGGAGUGGCAUAACGUGGGAGGCUCGUUCUUAGGUACCAAUCGGUCACUUCCCUCGUCAGAUAUCGGUACAGUGGCCUUCUACUUGCAGAAAUUCCAGAUCCAAGGCUUGCUUAUAAUUGGAGGAUUCGAAGCUUACAGAUCUCUAUAUGAGUUGAAGCACUCUCGAGACAAAUAUCCUAUUUUCAACAUGCCUUUAGUUUGUUUACCAUCUACGGUUUCCAAUAAUGUGCCCGGAACGGAGUAUUCACUCGGUUGUGACACGUGUCUUAACGUUUUGGUGAGUUAUUGUGAUGCUGUGAAACAGUCUGCAUCUGCUUCGCGUCGUCGUGUGUUUGUGGUGGAAGUUCAAGGAGGAAACUGUGGAUAUGUAGCCUCGUAUAUCGGUUUAGCCACAGGUGCAUUGGCUGUUUACAGACCAGAGGACAGCAUUACGUUGAAAUCGGUUCGUGAGGACUUGAUCUUACUCGAAAAGUCGUUUGUAAAUGACCAAGGAGAGGACAGAUCCGGAAAGAUGGUGAUCCGUAACGAGAACGCUUCAGAUAUCUACAGUACAGAACUCAUUGCAGACAUUCUUCGUGAGGAAGCGGAUGGAAAAUUCGAAUCUAGAACGGCUAUUCCAGGUCACGUGCAGCAGGGUAAAAUUCCAUCAUCUAUGGAUCGUUGCUAUGCGGCUCGUUUUGCCAUUAAGGCAUGUAAGUUCCUUGAAGAAAACAACGAGGAGAUCAAGAAGUCUGUUAAGCUUUUGGAAUCUGAAGGCUUCGGCUCAAACGAGACGGAUUUAGGACGAUCGGACAGUGAAUUGAAGUUUGUUUAUAAGCACGGCAGAAAGGUGGUUGUUCCAGAGCUGAAUAACGCUAAGUUGGUGGGUAUUCAUGGUACCAAGGUGACGUUCGAGGAUAUCGAUUUCCUUUGGAAAAAGAACACUAACGUAGAAGCUAGAACUGCAUUAGAAGUUCACUGGGACCAGAUGAAUGUCGUGAAUGACAUUCUAUCGGGACGUCUUAUGAUCAGAAAGCAGGGUGAUAAUAACGACAACAAUUAA